GCGCGACAUACCUGUCUCCCGGCGAUUGCUACCAAGUCACACGCAGCUCUGUAACUGAGUCGACAUGCCAAGCUACAAGUUGACCUACUUUCCCGUCCGCGGUCGAGCCGAGUUGGCGCGCAUCAUAUUCCACUACACCAAAACGCCGUUUGAAGACAUCAGAGUGAAGGGAGAAGAAUGGCAGGCGUUGAAGAAAAGUGGAAAACCUCCAUUUGGCUUUUUGCCUAUUCUUGAGGUGGAUGGGACAGUUAUUAGUUCAUCAUCCGCUAUUGUAUUGUACAUUUCUGAAGUGACUGGACUGGUGGGUGAUACGCUACUGGACAAAGCCAGAGGAGUUAUGGUCAUGGAUGCAAUUGGAGACCUCUUGAACCCCUUUCUUCCAAAAUUUUUUCAAGAACAAGACCCAUCAAAAAAGGCUGAAUUGGCAAAAGAAUUUUGCGAGAAAACCCUCUCUCCUUGGAUCGAAAAACUAAACGUUCUGUACAAACAGAAUGGCCAAGGCGAUGCUUGGUUUGUUGGCUCAAAGCUGACGUACGUUGACUUGGGCAUUUUCAACCUGUUCGACUUUCUAUCAACAAUGUUCAAGAAGGAUGCAAACGAGCUGCUUGGUGCUCAUCCUAAGUUGCUCGCUCUGUGCAAGAGAGUCAAAGAAUUGCCCAAAGUUGCUGCAUACCUGGAAAGCAGGCCACCAAUGUAAUGCAGUUGUGGGAUGUUUUAGUUGAUUGGUUGACGUAUGCAGCGACUUUUGGAAUUGGUGUUUCAUGUUUUGCUGUCGUUUUUGUUGUAGCAUGAUGUGUACUGUCGUGAGUGUGUACACUGAUAUGCAAUGGCUCUUGAUUUUGAUAUGUUUGGUAUCUGA